AUGUCCCUGAUAAGGAAAUGUACACCUUAUAAAGGAUUGACCCUGAAAUCAAGAAAAGCAUUAGAUUACUCCUCUAGAGGUUCACUUCAGAUGAUGAAAACUGCCCAAGAAGCACAAGAUGUCAUUGAUAUGGUGGCCAACAAUCAAUAUUUUUACUCAUUUGAGAGGCACCAUGACACAAAUCCAACGAGGGGAGCAAUGGAACUUGAAGGAGUAAGUGCAAUUCUGACUCAAAACAAGGAUAUGCAUCAACAACUUCAGCAACAAAUGGAGGUGAUUACCAAGAGAAUUGAUGGACUGCAACUUGCUGCAGUGAAUACACAAAGCCAAUCUCAAAUCUCACAUGGAUGGAAUCGAUCUGAAGGAGCCACAAACUUACUCCACACUCAUUUAUUAGUUAUUAGGCCACGCUUAUUGCUUCCUCACCACUCAUUCACGGUUAAACUCCCACCACAUACACACAAUAGAUAUUACGGAAGAGAGAAAGGGGGAAAACGAAAACAGAAAAGGGGAAGGAGGGACCGAGAGUGGAGAAGAGAAUGCAAGGGAGAAGGAAGAUGUGCCGGUAGAGCUACGAUCGCCGCACGUCACCGCACUCUACCGCCGAAGAUUCCCUCACCACGGUCGACAUCGAUUAGGGUAGAAGAGAAGAGGAAGAGUGACGAACAGGAAGAAGGGGGAAACGCGUUGUUGCUGUUGAUAUUGGUUGGGGAUAUUGCACGUAGUGGAGGGGUCUUCGCCGCUGCUGUCGUUAACAAGCAAGGGGGAAGAGCCCGUCCUUGGCGAUUCUACCGCCGUCAAAGGGAAAAGGAAGUGAGAGAGCCGGUGAACAGAAUGCGAGAAGGGAGAGGAGCUGUGUUCUUUCCUUGUCGUCGCCACCAAAACCGGGACAGAUUCACCGGACGGACGUCCUGGUCUUUGGUUCCUGUUAUUCUGAGUACCAAAGCUAUUGCUCCAUUCCCGUCUUUCCUUGCCAUUAUUAAUUUCCCCUCCAAAGUUUUGGUUGCUGCUAUUAGAGUUGUGGUUGAUGCUGUUAUCCUCGCGUUAGAACAUAGAGGGUUGCUGCAUUUCCAAUUUUGUGUGGUUAAUGUGACAUCGAGUGACACAGGCUUGAAGACGCAAUAUAAAGCUGCAAGCGAUUAGUAAAUUUUCUUU